UAUCUAUAUCUGAAAGUUUGUUUACGUCGGGCGUGUGGAGUGCGAAGGUAGUGCUGCUGUGUUGUUGUGUUCUUGGUGUCAGGAGUCAGGACGAUGGGGGACGAGACAUGGGCCAAUAUCCAGAGGGUCAAGAGUAACAGAGAAAGGUUCAGGGAAAAGAUAAAAAAGCGGCGAGCUGAACGGGAGACUCUGCUGAGCUCCGUAGUGGGCGGCGGUGGCAGCCCUAACCCCAUCAUGCCCCCCACUACCCCGCCCCCGCCCCCUCCAGCCACUGCCUCCAAUGGAAGUGAGGACUGGAGUCUAGAGUGUGCCUUGCUGGAGUGCCUGAAUGGGGCAGUGCCUCCUGUGCCUGCCGCUCACCUCACCCUCACCCUCACCAACAAACUGGCCAAGAAUAUUGAGGCAAAGGACAUUGACAACCUACUACAAAAAUUUGCCUACAAGGAGCUCAUAAGUAUAACUCAAGAUGGAGGGGAAGGUCACACCACCAUCACGGUGACAGCAGUGCAGCACAGCAGAGUGACAGCUGUCUUGGGUGCAGAACACAAGGAGAAGAGAUCCCACAGUGUGUCUUCCCAGCAAGAAGAGAAUCCUCCAGCAGGGAACAGUGCCAGCACCUCAGAGGAGCCGCCCUCUAAGCUGCCACGCCAGACAAAGAAAGUAAUAAAUGACAAAGAGAAGAGGAAAGAUAGACAAGAGGAUGAUGUUAUGAGCCUGCUGUCAGUCCAGAGCAUUCGGGAACGUGAAACCAAGAAGGUUGGAGAGGAGAUCAUGGAACUGUUAAGUAAACCCACAGCCAAGGAACAGAGCAUUGCCCAGCGCUUUAGGUCCCAAGGAGGGGCCAAGGUGCAGGAGUUUUGUCCUCAUGGCACGAAGGAAGAGUGUGAACGGACAACAAAGAAGGGAGGGCUGCAGUGUGGCCGCCUUCACUUCCGCAAGAUUAUCCAGAAGCAUACGGAUGAGUCUCUUGGUGACUGUUCCUUCCUUAACACCUGUUUCCACAUGGACACCUGCAGGUACGUCCACUAUGAAGUUGAUUACACGGGAGUAAGUGAGCAACAGCAGCAGCAGCAGCAGCAGCAACAACAGCAGGAGCAGCCAUCCUCCUUGAUGGCACCACUGGAACGCCCCCGGCAGGAUGAGCGUACCAUUCUCUUCCCCCCACAGUGGAUCCAGUGUGACCUCAGGUUCCUGGACAUGUCCAUAUUAGGAAAAUUUGCAGUGAUCAUGGCUGAUCCACCAUGGGAUAUUCACAUGGAACUUCCCUACGGCACCAUGUCUGAUGAUGAGAUGAGGCAGCUCAACAUUCCCAUCAUGCAGGAUGAGGGACUCAUCUUCCUGUGGGUGACUGGCAGGGCAAUGGAGUUAGGACGGGAGUGUCUCAAGUUGUGGGGUUAUGAGCGAGUGGACGAAAUCAUCUGGGUCAAGACCAACCAGCUGCAGAGGAUCAUUCGUACUGGCAGGACGGGUCACUGGCUCAACCAUGGCAAGGAACACUGCCUGGUUGGCAUGAAGGGCAAUCCAAAGAUAAAUCGUGGUCUAGAUGGCGAUGUAAUUGUAGCUGAGGUUCGUGCCACCAGCCACAAACCAGAUGAGAUCUAUGGCAUCAUUGAGCGCCUGUCUCCUGGCACACGCAAGCUGGAACUCUUUGGCCGUCCUCACAAUGUCCAGCCAAACUGGGUGACUCUAGGCAACCAGCUGGAAGGUGUCAAUCUGCUUGAGGAAGAUCUGGUGAAAGCUUUCAAAGAACGGUACCCUGAUGGUAUCUGCCGCAAGCCCUCUCCUUAGGAUGAUGGCAGAAUUGUCACAUUGUUGAUGACUAUAUUAAUUCAUUGGUAUUGUAUAUCAGUGACAGGGAAAACAACACUAUUUUACUCACUAUAGACAUUGUGCUUAUUCAAGAGCAAAAUUAUGUGUUUUAAAAUUGUUUUUUUAUUUUUUUCAGUUCUUGAGAAUUAAUUAAUUGCUUUUACUGUAAUUAAGAUCAUCCAUCAUUUGUCACUAUUGAUAACUGAGUCACUUACAUAUUCACUUUCCUAUGAAUAAUAGUAUUCAUCUCAGUUUGUACAUUCAAAGAGCUGUGUACUUUUAUGAUGUCUGAAAUAGUUAUAUACUUUUUAUUACAAACUAAAUUGUUUUAUAGAUGUAGAAUUAUUGUUGAUAUGAUAUCCGUAAAGAUAAAUCAUUUAAAUUUUC